AUGCUCCCCAAUGCGAAGAACAUCUCCUACCACACCCUCGACACCUUCCCGGAUAAAGCAUACGGCUUCGUCGACCUUCCUACCAUGGACGCCGAUAAGUUGAAAAAGAAGCUCCAGGGCUCUAUAUUGAAAGGUUCAAAAAUUCGCAUCGAAACAGCCAGGCCAGCAAAAGAUUUGAGCCCAACAGACGAGCCAGAAGAAACGCCCAAACGACAGAGAGAGAAGGAAGAUCCAAGCAAAAAACGUAAACGGGGGAAGGAAACUAUCCCUGCUGCAGUUAUUGUGGAUAGGAAAGUUAAGAGAGGUUGGACUACAACUGCUGCGGAUAUGAGCAAGGCCAAGAAGGAAUCAAAGGAGUUUAAGAAUGUUGUGAAGUCGAAAUAUACUACAAAUGAGGAGUGCCUGUUCAAGACAGUUUUACCGCCGAACGUUGCUGCACAUACACAGGUUGCAGGGGGUGAGAAAUCGAGUAGGAAAAGUAAGAAGGGUAGAGGUACUAUCGUGCAUGAAUUUGCUAAGAGUACGAAAUAUGCUACCUUUUUAAGAAGUAGUGCUGAAGGUACAAAGGUGAAGACUACAGUGGAGUUUGUGGAUGGGAAGGGAUGGGUAAAUGAAGAUGGUAAUGUAGUGGAAGAAGUGGUGAAAAAGGUACGGAUGAGCCAGGAACCACAAAAGGUCGAGAAGGCAGCUCAGGAUGAUGCAAUGGACAAAAAUAGUGGUAGUACUUCAGAGCAAGACAACUCUUCAGAUGAAUCUGAUUUCGAGGAUCGAGCGACGAAGAAAGUGAAGCAGGCAGCAGAAGUCGAAAGCAGCAGCUCAUCGGACUCGGAGAGUUCUGCCGAUGAAGACGAGUAUAUCAAACCACAAUCAGUAUCUGAAGACUUCGUAAUGGCAGAAGCAGUCAAAAUGAUCGAGGUUCCAACUAAGACAGAGAGUUCCCAAGAUAGAGAAAGCUCAUCGGAGGAAGUAGUGGCACAUGUCGUCAAAUUGAACCAGCCAGAAGUCUCUAAAGAUGAAGCUGAAUCAGAGGAUGGUGCAUCAUCAUCAGAUUCUGAAUCGUCAGAUUCCUCUGACGAUGACUCAGAAGACGAAGAUACAUCGUCUAUCGCAGCCUCUCCCGACAAUCCCUUAACAUCCACACCAUCAGCUAUAUCCCUCGAAAUCAAAACAGUCCGACCUCAGUCAUCCUCUGGCCUGAGUAUCAAGAUACCCUCCCCCGCCGCUCAUGCAACCUCCAUCCCCACAGAGGUCCAUCCCCUUGAAGCGCUUUACAAACGUCUCAAACCUAAUGCUGACACCAACUCCGACGAGCCCAAACCUGAACCCAAACCAGCCUCCUUCAGUUUCUUUGGUGCUGAUGAUGAGGACUCCGACAUUGGCGAGGAACCCAACCAAAUCCCCCUAACACCCUUUACCCAACGCGAUUUUGAACAUCGAGGCCUGCGAAGUGCAGCACCAACGCCCGAUACCGCUCAUAUCAACAAGAAAUUCAUAUGGCCAGGAGGGAACGAGGAUGAUGAUGAUGAUGAAGGCAAUUCCCCAACACCGAAAGAGUAUGCGGGUGGAAAACUUAUAUUCAAGGAAAAGGAAUCAGAGGAGGUGCCGGAGGGCGAUUUUCAGAAAUGGUUUUAUGAGCACAGAGGAGAGAAUACGAGAGGGUGGAAGAAGCGGAGAAAGGCUGUUGCAAAGGAACAAAGGCAUAGAGAUAACAAGAAAAGGAGUCAUGCUUAG